CGGUCUCUUUUCCGAUUGCAGUGCUUUCUUCGCGACCGCGGGUAAGUAAUACGUAUCGUCAGUCAAAUCAGGUGUUGUGAUAUUUGAGUAACCAACGAGAAUAUUUGAUCAUGGGCUGCUUGGUCCCUUGAUGUGAUUAGCACCUGGCAGGGUUUCCGCUUCAGUUCGUGUCAUCUAGUAUGCUUGGUAGGGUCUGAAGCACUCACAUGAUGGUUUUUUCCACCCACUUAGCUGCCCCCAAAUGGCUGAAAUCCGUCGAUGCUCACAAACUUGCGAAGAAAAGCAAUCAGGCGAGGAAGGACUCAUCGAAGCAGCGCCCUUACCGACAUCUCUUCCAAAAACACAGCUAGCAAUCCUUCUCCUUGUCCAGAUGCCCGAGCAGCUGACAGCCUCUGUGAUAUAUCCCUUUGUGAACCAGCUAGUCAUGUCAACAGGUAUCACAGGUGGAGAUGACCGUAAAACAGGCUACUAUGCAGGCUUGAUUGAAUCCUUGUAUUAUGCAGUCGAGGCUGUCACGAUUCUGCAAUGGGGUCGCGUAUCUGACCACAUUGGAAGGAAGCCAGUGAUUCUCGUUGGGCUUUUCGGGAUUACAUUGUCUAUCGUCUCCUUUGGAUUUUCGAAUAAAUUCUGGAUGAUUAUCCUCAGCCGUUGUGCACAAGGUGCUCUCAACGGUAAUAUUGGCGUGGUCAAAAGCGCCAUGACCGAGAUCACUGACGCCUCCAACAUGACGCGAGCAUUCGCAUGGCUACCGUUGGCAUGGUCCACUGGUUAUACGCUAGGAUUCCUUAUUGGAGGGGUUCUCUCAGAUCCAGCAACUAAAUGGCCAAACUCCGUCGGACGCUACCCCUUAUUCCAUCGGUAUCCUUAUUUUUUGCCCUGCAUCGUUUCCGCCAGCGUAUCGAUAUCCUCCUGGAUCAUCACUUUACUAUUUUUUAAAGAGUCUUCCUCCAAAAAUAGGACCGUGAGCCAUGGUGAUAACACCAAAAAGUUGGCCAUGCGGGCUGCCACAAUCCACGACAAGCCUGCAGACACCCAGGUCGACGUACUACCUCGCAUGCUAAACGAAGCAGAGAUCGCCAGCCCAGUUUCCACUUCCCUUGAGUCUACAAGGACAAAUUUUCGCUCCAUUCUCAUCCCAGGCGUCAUAAUACCAGUCUUGCACUAUGGUUUGCUGAGCUUCGUUGACCAGUGUAUGCUGGUAUUAAUGCCGCUCAUGUAUUCGACAUCACGUUCACUCGGAGGGCUUGGGUUUAGUAGCACCACCAUUGGGUUGGUGAUGACGAUCUGGACUAUGUUGAACGGCACGAUACAGGUUUAUGCGUUCCCGCGAUUGUUGAGACGAUUUGGACCAAAGAGGUUGUAUAUCACAAGUUUCGCCUUCUUCCUCAUAACAUUUUCCACUUACCCGUUAAUGAAUUAUAUGGCUAGGCGCAAGAUGGAAGCAGGGAUGUGGUUGAUUCUUUGCGUUCAACUCGGUGCAUACAUUGUUGCGUACAACACCUAUAGCUGUAUUAUUUUAUAUGUCAACAAUGGGGCACCGAGCAGGGACUUACUGGGCGCGACAAAUGGCUUAGCACAGACGCUAGGUUCCAUGAUGCGUGCUGUUGGGCCAAUAACAGUAUCUUCACUGUUCGCUCUGUCAUUGCAGAAGAACCUCAUAGGCGGAACAGCCGUAUAUUGGAUAAUGUGCACGAUUGUCAUAUUGGUGCUCGGUUUCUCGACAUAUCUGCCAAAAAGUCUUACUUAGACAUUGUUGUGGUACGAGUGAAGAAGUUACCUCCUAGAUUUUUCAGUAGUCUGUAAAUACUGCGUAUAGAAUAUAUCCAAAGGCGACCGCACAAGGUCUACUUGGACUACUACUAGUCG